AUGUCUCGCGGCUUGGACGGCAUCAAAGGCGGCUUCGUGUCCAUCCCAUCCGCGUUCGAAGGUGUCCCAGAAAGCUCCAAACACGCCUUCAAGCUCGAACUCGUGCCCAAGCUCAUCGAGACUCGAAACCUCGAAAAAGUGGACAUCAGCACCAACGUCGAUGUCGUCACUCACCGCGCUUUGAUCGACUUUGCCGAUUUCGACGUUGACGAUGUUGACUAUGACCAGCUGGGCCGCGAUUGCGACUUGCUCAAAGAGGCGUUCAAGUCCCGCCGCAAGGAGCUCAAUGCCGCUAUGAAGGCCGUGAGCAACCCCGGGUCGACGGUCGAGGAGAUUCGAAAGGUCGCUCAGAUGUUGGACGCGGCGGGGUUGUCAGAGCGUGCCUUUCUCGAGAAUGACGGAGGUAUUAUUCCGCUGCUUGUCAUCGGAGCAGCUUUGCUUUUGUCGGGGGCUAGGAAACCCCGAAAUAGCCACUUCGACUUUCAAAUUGUCUUUCAGACCUGCAAUGGCGUGCGCAAUACCGUUGAACCACCCGGUGGUGCGCUUGAUUUCAGACCAUCCUGCCGCCAAUCUCGCUGCAUGACCGCUUCUCUCACCGUCUUGACUGAUGGUCCACGCUCUGAACUCGACAUCAUGUCCGCCCACUCCUUGAGAACCCUCGAGACCGCAGCGUUGACGGGUUCGCUCAGUACAAGCCAGCUCGGCAAAGAUACAUCCUCAUUCAUGACACUCAGCAUCUCCACCACUUCCACCAACUUCACUUUCAACACCUGCCCUAUCAAUCCCGGCAUGACCUCACCAAAAAUGCCCGAAAUUCAGCCGAGCAGAGCUUCGAUCUUCAACUUGGACUCGGUUCUCCGUUCGCACAUCAUGACCACCGCCCUUUGUCUACGACCAAGCGUCGGAUCAAUCACGAUGAACGGACUCCGGACUCAAGGUCAAUGUGCCGCUCGGCGCCUGUCCUCACAGCGCCAGCCCGUCUCACGACGAUAUGCAUCCAGUGCCUCGCCCUCUCCACGACCGUCCUUCCUCCGCCGCCAUCCACGCGUGAUCCUCACGACCAUCGCCCUCGGCCUUGGAGUAGGCGUUGGCACCUUUGCCGUCCAUCUCAUCUCUCCACCUCCUAUGCCACAACCCGGAACCCACGAAGACAACAUCCUCAUUACGGACCUCAACAAGCGAAUCGACGAAGAAUUCAAGGUCAAAGUGCUGCGAGGAAAAUGCUUGGGCGUUGCGAAGCAGCUGAAGGGCGAAGAGGGUGGAUGGGUGGAAGUGCUGCCUCGACUGCAUCCUACGCAUUUGGAAGGUCUGCCGGAGAACAAACUGCCUUUUCACGAUCGCUUGACGGAUCAUCUGCAAGGUGCUAGAGGUCUGGGCGUGGAGAGAAUAUUCUGGGAUAGAAGCGAGAAGAAGCUGGUUGCGAUUGUGUGGUUUGGAGGCGCCAUGUCUGGCUGGCCAGGCGUGACACAUGGCGGAUUGCUGGCGACCGCACUGGAGGAAAAGAUCGCACUGGCUGCGGCCCUAUCAAACCCUUCUUCGGAGUCCUCGGUCUCUGCUGCAGCUACUCCUCAACGACUACCUGGGACUGGAAACCACGCUACAAUGACCAUGCCAUUGGACACGCCCGCCGAGCCAGCACAGGUCAGCAUCGACUACAGGAAACCAACCUACGCCAACAGCUUCUACACCAUACGUGUGACGCCGGCGUUCAGCGCUGACGAUGAUGCUGGCAACGUGAGGUAUGCCAUCAAGGGAGCCGAGUAUCAAGCGACGCUGGAGACGAUGGAUGCGCAGAUUUGUGUCAAGGCUGCGGCUAAGUUCGCUCCACGAUCGACGGCCGAGCAGGUUGAGGAGAAAGUCGCGGAGGCGGCGAAGUGGAGUCUUGAUGAGUUCAAGCAGUGGAUGUGGCCUUCCAGGCAGCAACAGAUCAGAUGA